CUACUUCAGUUGGCCAUCGACUUUGUGGAUGAGGUGACGUCUGUGGCAACAUGCAUCUUGAAGAAGAAGAAGAAUGACCUCUAGCCACCACCGCUCAGGGUACACCACGCAUCUACACGCUGCUGCUGCUAAGUGAAAGGGGGCAACACAGAUAACUUAUUUGCGUAGCCGCGCCCGGGCCUGCUCGGUUCAGCCAACACUAUUGUUUAUGGUAUUGGGGACACUAGGAAGGGUGUGGAGUGGCACUCCACUGGUCCUGCCCACAGUUGGGGAGGUGUGGCCACGGCCUCAAUCUGUACUGCCCAAAGACACCUACAUGAUCAUCAGGCCAGGGAGUUUCUCGUUCAAUGUGACACGAAACACCUGUACUAUUCUGGAUGAAGCACUACAGAGGUACAAGGAAAUCAUGUUUCCUUCCACAGGUCCUGAGAGACGAGGUCCCUGGAAAAAGGAUGGCAACUUCAAGGGUUAUCUUGACAGCCUAAAGGUGACUCUGCUGACUAAAUGUGAGACCCACCCACAUCAUGAUAUGGAUGAACAAUAUGAGAUCAAGAUAUGUAGGCUCCACAAGAACAGAAGGAAGAGAUGAGGUGGGAGGGUUACC